AUGAACACCAUUAAAGCAGACCAAAUAAUUGAGCUGGAACCCUCUUUCAUCAAGGUACCAUACGAACAAAUACGUAAAUCAUUUCGUUCCCAGUACAAACACAUCGAGAAAGAUACAGUUUAUAUGCAAGAGAAAAUAGAAAGUAGCAUAAGGAAUAGUGAGCUGUCUGUCGAAAAGGGGAUAGAGACACUUGCUGAUAUAAGAAAGCAUGUAGACAAAUUAUCACGGAGAUUACAAAAAUUUAAAGAAUUGGAUGCAGUGCAAAUAAACAAGAUAGAAAAGCGAAUUAAGAAUUUAUUGGAAAUUGAAGAAGUGACUAGCCCUACUGCACCAGAAUUUACAGCGUGGUGUAAAACUCGAUUGCAUAGAGUGAUAGUGGAUUACUUACUCAGAGAAGGGCUAACAGGGACUGCACAGAGAGUAGCAAAAGAAAGCCACAUUGAGGAUAUGGUUGAUAUAGACUUAUUUACUCAAGCAGAAAAGAUUGAGCAGGCCUUAAGAAACCACAGCUGUAAGGAAUGUCUUGCAUGGUGCACAGAAAAUAAAUCUAACUUAAGGAAAAUGAGGAGCACUUUAGAAUUCAAUUUACGACUGCAGGAACAUAUUGAAUUAGCUAGAGGAAAUAAAGGUUUAGAAGCAAUUACUUACGCUCAGAAGUAUUUGACACCAUGGAACGCAACUGAGCAUAAAAGAAUUGGUCAAGCGAUGGGGUUGUUGGCCUACAGCAGUGAUACUCAGUGUCAGCCAUAUAAGGAUCUUUAUGAUCAUGCUAGAUGGCAAGAAUUGAUUGACCAGUUCCGAACAGAUAAUUUUGCCUUAUGCUCGCUUACAUCACAUCCACUUUUAUCAAUCACUUUACAAGCCGGUCUAUCAGCACUCAAAACCCCUCAAUGUUACGUGCCAGAAGACCAAAAUGUCAACUGUCCUAUAUGUGAUAAUCAAACACUAGGAAAUUUGGCUGAAAAGCUUCCAUUGAGCCACCAUGUAAAUUCAACCAUUGUAUGUCGAAUCAGCGGUAAAAUCAUGAACGAAGACAAUCCACCGAUGCUUUUACCCAAUGGCAGAGUUUACAGUCUCCAUGUAAGUGUGUGUAAGUCUAAUAGAAGUGGAGUUUAA